GCAGAUGGCUGGACAGGGGAUCCUGCUUUUGGGAUGGUCACUGCCAGCCCUUUUUCGCCCUCGUCUCCCUUGCGUCGGACUAGGUUUGUACCUUUUUCUCUUUUCUUUUCCUUUUUUCUUCUUUUCCUUCUCCAUCUCGGCCCCUCUCGCUACUUUUCCUGGUUUUAGUGCAGCUAAUCAUUGGUUCACUAGUCUCACCCUUGCCAAGGUUUCUCAUGCUAUGACCUAGCAAGACAUGUACUACACUUCUAACUAGGUAGCUUGUAUUAUCCUCCUUCGUACGAUGCCCUACGAUGCCGCCACACAGGCGUACGAGAGGGUGAGCCAUCAGCUGGAUCAAGUCUCACCCGGCCCUGCCUCCCGGUUCUCGAAGCCUUCUUUUUGCUUUUUCUAUUCCGCCCGUUUACGGCAACGCUAUUGGUUGUGCGACAUGAAUCUUACCGCAAAUCAAACUUCCCCAAGGUUUGUUAAAAAUGACAGACAGGCCUUUAGCGGCAAACCCUAUGUGUCCCAGGAUGGGGAUUUGCACCAGUUUUCGUGGAGCAUCGCGAUGAGCUUGCCACGGGCAGGUGGUAAGCAGACAAUAUCAA